AUUCAUUUAUUUUAUGAUUAUUUAUUCAUAAUGUAAGUUAUUUUUUAAGAAAUUUUUUUUCACAGCUAACGAUAACUUCGACUCGAACUUGAAUCUUUACGGUGCAAUUGUUAUGAAGUUCAAGGAGAUGUUCUUAGGUUACCAAUGUGGUUACAAGACAGCUACGAAAGAGCUUACAAAGAACGACAUCGGAUUAGCCUUCAGCUAUCAGGACACUUUCUUCCAUUUGAGAUGCAAUUCGAUACCACGCGAGUUUGGUUGUUCUAUCUUGUAUAAAGUUAAUUCUGACUGGGACAUUGCUGUGAAUGGAAUAUCGUCGAGUAGCGGGAACUGGAAUGAGUGGAUGGUUGGUAUAGCAGCAAAAUACGCGAUAGAUGAAGAAUCGAUUCUACGGUUAAAGAUAAACAGUGCCAUGCAAUUGGGUACGAGCUUGCAGCAAAAGUUGAACGAGAAUACGAUGAUCUCGUUAUCGUUUUGUUUCGAUUGCAUAAAUAUUAACAGAGGCAAUCACAAAGUCGGCUUGGCGCUCGACAUCGAAGCUUGAGAAGAUGAUAACGUUAUUGAAUAUUUUGAGAUAUGAUUUUACUAUCAUGGUCACAGUCUCAGUCGUCAUCAAUUCUUUUUUUACACGAGUCCAUCGAACUUUCGGAUUUUCGUGUCAUUUUUCUGGCGCGUAAUACGAACGUAUUGCUUGUAAUAAUACAAUAAUAAUGAUAUUAUUUAUAAUACCUUUUGUAGAUAUUCUGUUCUUAUUAAGAACGAAGACGAAUAUCUUUGUCAAUGAAUGAAAGAAUGAAUGAAAAGAUGAAAUUAUAUUUAUUACCUAACAACUCUUAUAUUGUAAAUUAAUUAUACCGAAUUGAAUACAUUUUCAAUCAAUGCUGUUUAUUAUGAAAUAUCAUUGUUAACAUAAAAACUUAUUCGAUGUGGAUGGAUACUACUAUAAAUGUUUUUGCAUCGAUUAAUGCAGAACGAUAAAAUGAAGAGCGAUUUGCUUUCGUAUAUACUUAUCGCGGAUACGAUCGAUGAAUGAGGGUUCUUUCGACAUACGCGAGAUAAUAAUAAACCAGGAAAUUAACGAUGUCAUUGUAAUUUCAUAUUUUCGUACAACUUGAAAUGCAGGAUUACCAAGUCUAUAUUUAUAUCCUUUUCUUUUUUAAGACGAUAAGAUUAAAAGUAAAAAGAAACCUACAAGAUUAGGAGAUUAUUCGUAAUAAAUAACAUCAUUCAUCUCUAUUACAUAAGCAUUUAAAAAGAAUCAGUUAUUUAUACAAAUAUUAAGUAUCUUGUCAAGAAAAAAGCAAGACUUUAUAGUUUGUCGAUAAUGUUACUUACGAGGCUUAUAAGAAAUUUCUUCAAGCUUCUGAGAUAGACGUUUCAUUCACAAUAUGUAUUACAGAGUCUUAAUUUAAACAUAGGAGCUUAAAGGUCUACUUAUAUACGUGCUGUAGCUAUUCCAUUUACAAACACUGUCUGACAGUUAAUGCGUUAAUAUUUAUAUAUAAUCGCGUCGUGGCAGUUCCACUUCCGAACAUUUAUAUAUGGUCGGGGAUCGUUCGUGAAUGUACUGAUUAAUUUGAAGUCAGAUAUUAUAGCAUUAUGCACAGAUAAAACACAUUCAGAUAGAUAUAUAUGCAAGUACGAGCCGUGGCACUUCUCCGUUGUGAAAUCGGUAAACAAGGAAAAUAUUGAUGGCUAUCAAAUAUAACCGGAGGAUGUGCGAGUCACAAAUAAUGAGAGAUGCA